CGAGUGUGUGGGUGAGGUACAGGAGCUGGGCCAGUGAAGCUCCUGAAGCUACCUGAAGAAGUCGUUACGCUCUAUGCAAAAUGAACGUGAAAUAGUACCCUGUCAGCCGCACUACGUGGAGAAGCCUGAUUUAAAGGAUCAGUUUGAUAACUUGGACAAGCAUACGCAAUGGGGCAUUGACUUCUUGGAGAAAUACGCAAAAUUUGUAAAAGAAAGGAUAGAAAUUGAGCAAAACUAUGCAAAACAACUGAGGAAUUUGGUUAAGAAGUAUUGUCCUAAACGUUCACCCAAAGAUGAGGAACCCAGGUUCACUUCAUGUAUUGCCUUUUUUAACAUCCUUAAUGAGUUGAAUGACUAUGCAGGCCAACGAGAGGUAGUUGCAGAAGAAAUGGGACACAGAGUCUAUGGAGAAUUGAUGAGAUAUUCUCAUGAUCUAAAAACCGAGAGAAAAAUGCAUCUUCAGGAAGGGCGAAAGGCUCAGCAGUAUCUGGACAUGUGCUGGAAACAGAUGGAUAAUAGCAAAAAGAAAUUUGAGAGAGAAUGCAGAGAGGCUGAGAAGGCACAGCAGAGCUACGAAAGACUGGACAACGACACUAAUGCGACAAAGGCUGAUGUUGAGAAGGCUAAGCAACAGUUAAACCUGCGCACACAUAUGGCCGAUGAAAACAAAAACGAGUAUGCUGCACAACUACAGAAUUUUAAUGGAGAACAGCACAAACACUACUACAUUGUCAUUCCACAGAUUUAUAAGCAACUUCAAGAAAUGGAUGAAAGGAGGACUAUCAAGCUCAGUGAAUGUUACAAAGGCUUUGCUGACUCCGAGCGCAAGGUUAUUCCGAUAAUCUCUAAGUGUUUAGAAGGCAUGAUCCUCGCAGCAAAGUCCGUUGAUGAACACAGGGACUCUCAACUAGUGAUAGACUGCUUCAAAUCCGGUUUUGAACCUCCUGGAGAUUUUCCAUUUGAAGAUUACAGUCAGAAUAUUUACAGAACUAUCUCUGAUGGAACCAUCAGUACACCAAAGCAGGAAGGAACAAGAAAUGAUUCAAAAACUACAGUGGGAAAAGCUAAAGGAAAGCUGUGGCUAUUUGGAAAGAAGCCAAAGCCACAAUCCCCUCCCCUAACCCCUACUAGUUUAUAUACAUCCAGUACUUCUAAUGGGUCCCAGUAUCCCAUAUUCUCCAUUGAACCAGUGCAUUAUUGCAUGAGUGACAUAAAAACAGGGAAGCCCAGAAUUCCUUCUUUCAGAAGCCUCAAAAGAGGGUGGUCGGUGAAGACGGGCCCUGCACAGGAAGACUUCAGCCAUCUCCCUCCAGAACAAAGACGCAAGAAACUGCAACAGAGAAUUGAUGAACUUAACAGAGAACUACAGAAGGAAACAGACCAAAAAGAUGCCCUCAUCAAGAUGAAGGAUGUUUAUGAAAAAAAUCCCCAGAUGGGCGAUCCAGGCAGUUUGCAACCCAAGUUAACUGAGACUAUGAGCAACAUGGACCGACUUCGGAUGGAAAUACACAAGAAUGAGGCCUGGCUUUCUGAAGUUGAAGGUAAAGUAGCAGCCAGAAGCGACAGGCGGCACAGCAGUGACAUCAACCACCUUGUAACACAGGGCAGAGAGAGCCCUGAAGGGAGUUACACAGAUGAUGCAAAUCAGGAAGUUCGAGGCCCACCACAGCAGCAUGCACAUCCAAAUGAGUUUGAUGAUGAGUUUGAAGACGAUGACCCUUUACCAGCUAUAGGACACUGCAAGGCAAUAUAUCCCUUUGAUGGUCACAACGAAGGCACUCUAGCAAUGAAAGAAGGGGAAAUUUUGUACAUUAUUGAGGAGGACAAAGGAGAUGGGUGGACAAGAGCUCGAAGACAUAACGGAGAGGAAGGCUAUGUGCCAACAUCAUAUAUAGAUGUAACGCUAGAGAAAAACAGCAAAGGUUCCUGAAGCGGGUUUCUGAGAAAAUGGGCGAGAUCUUGAAGGAGGUUACAUGCAGCUGCUGGGGGGGUGUUGGGGGGUGGGGUACUAGACUGGGAAGCCCAAGGGGAAAAGCUAGUUGCAUGAAUGCAUGCAGACAUACAUUUAGUCACUAACAUCUUAGCAUCUCCAUACAUAUAGGUAAGGAUAUACUACAAAUUAUUUCAUUUGUGCAGAAAAAGAGUUCCAUUACCAGAAUAAAAAGGCUACUGCUCCUAAAAUUGCUUUCUUUUCAUUGUCCUAGGUUGUCCCAGAGGCACAAACUGUACUUUAGCUUAUUCUUUAGCUUGUGCUAUGUUUUGGUUAUCUGAGUUAUGCUCCUUGCCAGCCCAUUUUAAUUGGCAAUCAUUUAGAUAUGUCAGUUAUCAGUCUGCCUGGGCCACCUCCAUGCUCAUCAUUAACCUCCUCCUGCAUGCCUAGGGAGAGUCAGGCAUGUUAGCAUAACACUUUGCCAUCAUUGCUUGUCUUACUUUGUAACAAAUAAUUUUCUUCAAAUACCUUCAGUGCUACAGUUUCAUCCCAGUAUCCAUGUAUGCUGCUAUAACUAUACCACUGCAACCAUCAUUACAUUCCAGUUUUUGGCAUAACUGAUAAGAGACCACAAUGUCUUUGUGUUGGUUUGGGGGAACGACACAUCUCAGCUCUAGCCUACAAUGCAAUCAAGAGAAACUCCUGGAAGUGUGGUCCAUCUUCAGCACUUCAGUAACCUGUUGUGAGCACUGAAAACCUGGAACACCACUGCAAGCUAAUGACUGUUUUCCAAGAAGUCAACCACUUGCCAUUCAAAUGCUGCCUUAAACUAGAGAGUGCCUAAAUCUGUUGUUUGCCAACACUACCACUGACAGUAUCCCACAAAGGGCUUUGCGUCUCAGCUCUUUCGACAGUGCUGCAGCUGCUGAGGUAGGUGUUUUCUAGAGCUCUACUUUACUGGAUCCAUGGUGCAUCAUGACUUUUAUACAUUGAAAUGUCUCUCUCUUCAUUUGACUUUAAUAUUUUUUUAAAAGAUUUUUAUGGAAACUGUCUUUUAGUUUUUCACUACGAAGUUACGAUUCUAAUUACCGCAGUGCUAGUCCAUUUCCAGGUGAUGCUUCAUUGUAUGGACCAGUUGAAAUUUGAGUGAUAGACUUCAUAAUGAUCUAUGUGCACUUUUACUUGUAAACAAUUGAAAUUUGGAUAUGUUUAUAUGUGUAAAUAUAGUUGUCUGCAGUGCCCCUAUUGCUUUGUUGUCUUGCCUCCCAUUUGUGGUUCUAUUAAUAAACAGAUCAUACCUGAUUUGGUAGGGUGAUAGGAAUUAGACUAGAGAUGGUGGGGGGAGGGAUACUUGUAUCCAAGCAAGCUUGUCAAGCCAGCCACCUGCUGUUUGGGGAAUUGAAAUAAUCAUCAAAACAUCCUGUUUUUCUGGGGUCUGAAGCAAUAUUUGGAUGCAGCAGUGCUGGAUUCUUUUUAAUUUCAGUGUUAUUAGGAAGUGUACUACCAGUAAAAGCGACUUUGAGUGACUUGUGUAGAGGUUUAUUCCUUUUGUUAUGUAUACCACUAUUACACAGCUUGACCUAGUGUAUUAUGGGGGCUAUUAAACUCUAAAGUUUAGAUUUUUGGAGCUUGUAUACAGCGUUAUUUAUAUAAUAAUGUGACAUUACUCAAUACUGACAAAACUACUUAGGUAGUUUUUUGGGUUUGAGGGGUUUGGGUGGUUUGUUGGGGGUUCUGUGGGGUUUGUUUUGGUUUUUUGUUUUUCCUUUUGAAGUCUAGUGUGUUUUUUUUUAAAUUUUAAAGUUGGAGAAAAGGAGGAAAUGUGAUUUGUGUAUUUUCUGCUAAAGGGUCUGUGGUUUGCCUGGCUAACAGCCUUGCAGGUCAGUAAUAACACUUCCUGGUAAAGGACUAAAUGUUCUUUUCACGCUACUGUUUGUUUUUCUAAAACCAGGAUUUGCUUCCUUUGGAGGCAGGUUGUUUUCACGAGGGAUAGUGCAACUUGUAUGAGGGUUAUUAAACAUAGCAAAAAAAAAAACCAUUUGUACUUGCACAGCUAGUUAUAAAUCACUUCUAAAAUUCUGAACGUGAGUUGUCUGAAAGAAUCUUACCUUUUCCAGUACUUUUUAAUCCUUUCUCGUGCACAUGUUGAUUUCCUAAAUGUUAAAUGCUUUGUUUAAAAAUAGUGUUCUCUGUUGAGAAUAUUUUCAUGGAAUAAAAAAAAUCUUUUCAUGGUCUAAGGAA